CCGCGUUCGCGGGGGUUCCAUCCAUCGACUAGAGAAAGUGAUCCGUGAAAGCGCUUUCUUGGAAGCUCCAGGCUGAAUGAUUCGACCAGCUCUGAAUGAGGCAUUGGAUGUGUACAUCGAUGCCGUCGGAGAGGGGAGCUUGCUGAUAGAGGAUGGGAGCAUCAACGGUGUGGCGGUGUGUGUCCAGGGCACAGGCACGUCUGCAGCAGCAACCGCAGCCAGCGCACCCACAACCAACGGCGUCACGUCAUCGACCGUCGCCACGUCUGCGUACGCGGCGGGGUUCCAGGCAUCAGCGAGCGAUGCCCAGGUGUCUGAUCUACGCCAGCGCCUGCAGGUAAGCUUAAUAGUAUUACGGUGCUCGCUGGUUUGCAGCUGACCUCUGUUUCUUGCCAGGUCUUCUACGCGGAGCACAACCCUGCCAAGAUUGAAACACUCGGUACGUUUGAGAGUGUCUGGACGACUUCUCCAAACUGUGUUUGUGUGUUCUCCGAUUCUUUGUGCAUAUGUGGACUCAGAUGUCUUCAGUCGCUUCUGGGCGGGGAAGGAGGCCAAGCUCAAUUCGUUGCUGAGGUGGGGCAGUCCAGGGCACGAUCAUGCCUUCCCUUUCUGAGCCCCUUGAUCACAUGCCCGCAGGGAAAAGUAUCAAGUUGAUUUGGACGGCAAAGACCUCUUAAGUGUUCUGACAAAUUUCUACAGCGAGCAUAACCCCACCAAGGCUACUGAUGCGCCGCGGAUCGCCAAGCAGUAUCAAUCGGACGAAAAGGCACUCAACAGGGCACUCAGGUACGCACGCACACUUCACACAUGUACAAGGUUGGACGCGAAGCCUCUCUUGGUGUUGCACAUUCAGGAAGUCGUAUGGUAUGGAGAUGAGACCAAGAGAGAACACGAAAGAACCAACCCCAUCCUUACUGCAGGUGUCGACAUUUUUGGCGAGACGCUGGAAGACCUCUUGGUCGCUUUCUACAAGGUAUCACCCUACAUGAUGCUGAGCCAGUCCGAUAUAAUCCAAUGUGUUCAGGAGACCAACCCUCAGAAGGUCACCGAGGCAGGCCGCGUGGCAGAGCUCUUCAAAGGCAAGGAAGAGGAGCUCAAUGCUCAACUAAGGUGUGCUUUAGAGUUUAGGGGAACAGCACAUUCACAAGCUUGGUCACAUCUGGUGCGUCGUGUUCUGUGCAGGAAUCAGUACGGCAAAGAACUCAGUGAUAUCUGAGGACCGUAUUUUAUCAGUCGCCCUCACAUCUAUCUACACAUAUCUACGCUCUACUAUCUAGACCGUGGCUGCCCGUCUCUCACUACUCAGACCGCUUCGAUAGGGGAUGCACGUUAAGAGGACACAGCUUGCAAAUCGCUAAGGACACCAGUGCUAACAUGCUCAGCGAACUUCCGCCACUCGUUUACACGAGAUUUAUGAGAUCUUAUGAAAUCCGUUCACAUGUUCUUGGCAAGCAAACUUAUAACU